AUGUCAGCCGCACCACGAAACCCUGCCCGCGGGCGUCGCCUGGAUGACGCCCUCUCACAGCUAGUCGACGGUCUAACCCCCGCGCUCCCCAUCUCCGCCAUCCAAGACACAGACUACUCCGACGAAGAAGAAGCGAUCGCGUCCGCAGAGAACCGCCGGCACCAUGUUCUCAUGGAGCGCGCCUGGCGCAUCCUUGAUACCCACCCCAGCACCAAUGCCCCAGACCCCGGGUCACCGGCGGGGCUUGGUGGGCGCCGAGGAAGUAUCGCGGGAACAGAAAGCAUCAACAACGCGCCGGAUUUGAUUAAGCGCAAAUUGCGCCGAGAGAAUGCCAGCCCUGAUAAGGCUGUGCGAUUUUCAAAUCUAUAUUCGCGCCUUUUGACGCAGCCGGUGCUCUCGCAGAAAUGGGGUAUCCUCUUUUUGCUCUACAAAUUGUCAGCCUCGGAGAGUCCGGUGGAAGGUGGAGGGAGGAGCCACAGUCCAUUGAUGGAUGAGGCGCAUCUACAAAAUAUGUUAACAAAGGACGGUACACGCCCGAGACGGGGUACGGUGGUCGACUCGGAGGAUGAAGGCCCGGCUGUUAGCUCGUCAGCAUCCCAACAGCGCGUUCCUGUGGCGGCAAAGAUGGAGAGGCAAAGAUCAUUGCGACAUGAUAUUGACCGUAACGAAGUGGACCAUGCCGGGCGCAGUCAUGUCGAUACUGGAGCGAACAGCCAUUCCAGCAAUGAGCAUCUUCGUGAUCCAUCACCUCCUCGGCCAUCAACAUCUGGUCAUGGUAAGCCGCCUGGCCCUACUCCUACGGAACAUAAGCUUCUACGUGACCUCCCAUUCAACCUACAAGGGUUGUCUUCCUCCAACCUGCAGUUCAGUUCGCCGUCGAGCUUGAAACUACCCUCAAAUCUGCCUGCGCCGAUCGUGUCACUCCUUAACUCGUUGGCGGAACCAUGUUUAUUAUACAAAGGGCUGUCUGUGUUUGUAGAGAACGAGGAAGGCGGACUGGUGAAUCAGAGCUUGCGAGCUGCCAUUGCCAUCGAGCUGCGCGCAUAUCUCAGCUUGGUGGCUACAUUAGAGGCGGAAAUUCGACAGGCGCUGGCCGCUAUCGGAGAUGGUACCGUACCUCAAGGGGUACGGAAGGGCGGUGUCACCCUCAAACGAUGUCUGGUUUGGACGAGAGAUGCGACAAUGGCACUUCGACUGAUGAGCCUAAUCGUGGAAGAGGCUCAAAGUAAAAAGGGUGGCCAGUUGAUCUCUUUAAUACACGGGUUUUCGACAUCCCACGGAGAUCCUUUCGUGUGUGCCUUCGCUGAGAAGCUUCUCGCAUAUGUUACGCGCCCAUUCUACGACAUGCUACGGCUAUGGAUCUAUGAUGGUGAACUAUCAGAUCCAUACAAAGAGUUCUUUGUCGCAGAGCCAGGCUUCAGACCAAACAGUGACCCACGCCGAAUUGCAACAAGCGUCUGGGAAGACAAAUAUAAGCUUGAUGAUGAUAUGGUGCCUUCGAUCAUCACCCAAGAAUUUGCAAAGAAGAUUUUCCUAAUUGGAAAAUCGCUGAACUUCAUUCGAUAUGGCUGUGGCGAUUCCGCGUGGGUGGAGGCAUAUUCUACAGAAGCCUCAAAAGAGCUACGAUAUGGUGACACGGCCACUCUAGAGACAUCUAUCGACGAGGCAUAUAAGACCACAAUGGCCCGGCUGAUCUCUCUGAUGGGUGAAAGGUUCAACCUCUUUGAUCAUCUUCGAGCACUGAAGAGUUACUUGCUAUUAGGCCAGGGUGACUUCAUUGCCCUGCUCAUGGAAUCGCUUGCCUCGAACCUGGAUCGUCCAGCAAAUUCACAAUAUCGACACACUCUUACGGCACAAUUGGAGCAUGCCAUUCGUGCCUCUAAUGCACAAUAUGAUACCCCAGAGGUGCUACGUCGGCUUGAUGCCCGUAUGCUCGAACUGAGCCACGGUGAAAUUGGAUGGGACUGUUUCACCUUGGAAUAUAAGAUCGAUGCCCCGGUUGACGUGGUCAUCACCCCUUGGGCGUCUACUCAAUACUUAAAAGUCUUCAACUUCCUCUGGCGCAUCAAACGAGUCGAGUUCGCACUAAGCAGCACCUGGCGGCGGACAAUGACCGGUGCACGCGGCGUGCUCGGCAACGUGGACGACAAAGUCGGCGCAGACUGGAAACGAGCACGAUGCGUGAUCGCGGAAAUGAUCCACUUCGUCAACCAGCUACAAUACUACAUCUUGUUCGAGGUUAUCGAGUCCAGCUGGGACCAGCUCCUCACCGCCAUCCGCAAACCAGGUUGCACCCUGGACGACCUGAUCGAAGCACACACCAAAUACCUCAACUCCAUCACCCACAAGGGCCUACUAGGGUCCGCAUCGUCCUCCCGAUACGGCAACUCAACCUCCACCUCCGCCAAACAACCCGAAGAAAGCUUCCUCAGCCAGCUCCACCAAAUCCUCAAGUUCAUGCUUGCCUACAAAGAUGCCGUAGACGGCUUGUACUCCUUCUCGGUUGCGGAGUUCACCCGCCGCCAGGAGAUCAACGCCAAGAUCGAGACUCGCACUGCUCAAGGUCAUUGGGGCAUCACAGACCGUGAUCUCCUGUCCCGCCAAUCCAACAGCCGCCCUGGAACCUCAAUGGCCUCCACCCCAGACGUGCGGCCCGACAGCGCCGGAGUCGACGGUGUAAGCACUCCCCUCUCACUAUCCGGCCACAACCUCACGGCCGACGACAACAUGCUCGCCUCGCUCCGCGUCCGUCUCCGCGAACUCUCAGCCGACUUUCGGUCACGACUUAACAUCCUCCUCGGUGACCUGGCCUACCAGCCAGACGUAGAUAUGCGGUUCCUAGGCGUUGUCAUGAACUUCAACGAUGUCUACGACCCCAAGCGGCGACGGGCAACGGGCCCGAGCGCGCGAGAUAAGGAGAAAGAGAAAGAGCGGGAGCGGGAGAAGGCGAUACGAAGGGCUGCGGCGUCAGCUGCGGCCACGGGUUCUGGAAAUGAAGGUGUACCGAAGGAACUGCGAAGGGAGAGGUCGGAUACUGGGGCGAAGGAUCCUAGCAUGGCUCAUGGGAAAGGGGUAUAA